UCUUUCCGGCGUCUUCAAGCCCUUGCGAAAAACUUUAUUGACAAAGCUGCCAGGGAACGGACAGCGGACGCAGCCACGGGGCUGACGCCAAGCUGAAUGGGGCAGGUGGGCUCAUGCUAGGAGCUAGGAGCGUGGCUUUGCUUUGUCCUACGGUGGUCAUUUCACAGUCCAUCCUUCUGCCCCUUCACCCCACUCCCUCCAUUCGAGCCGAGUCUCUUUCAAGAUCACUGGUCAGAAAUUUUUAGAGAAAACAAUUUCACAAAACUCCAAUGACUUUGGCGGUAAGGUCCCACAGGAAUGACAAGCCACUCCCUCACGUUUCUGACCCCCGUUGGAAAGGUCAUCUGGGAUUCCUAUUGCUUUCUUGACCUUAAAUCUAAGAUUCAGCAGGGCGGGGCCUGCCCCUUUAAUCUGGGCCCCACCUGCUCCGGUCAGACUGGUUUGGAGACCGAGGUAAAGGGAGGGAGACCAGAGGAAUACUUGCAGAGCCAGCAGGGAGCUGAGCAGCUCCUUCCAGGACCCUGUGGGGACCCUGUGCCUCUCUCCAGAUGGAAAAAGGGGCUCAAGCCCAUGAUGCCAGCUGCCCUGGAGAGAUCCAGUCUGUCAACCCAUCCUAAGGGCCCGAGGAUGGAGCUUCUGACAGAGCUCUCCUGUUAACCACCAGGGUGACAUGACCGCACGGUAGACCCCACAACUGAGGCCCCAGGAUGACAGAACCCGAGACCAUGGCCCUGUUGGAAGUGAAGGGGCCGGAGGCCCAGGAGAAAAGCCUACCCCAGGCCUUGGUCCCCAAUGGCCGGCAGCCAGAAGGAGAAAGUGGGGCCGAGCCCCCUGGCGCUGAGCCCUCCAGAGUGGGGUCUUCAGCUGGGUCUCCCGCAGCUGGAGAGGGGACGGAGGAUGGUCUGGACAGCACAGUAAGCGAGGCUGCCACCUUGCCCUGGGGGACUGGCCCCCAGGCCAGUGCUCCGUUCCCGGACCCCCCCGGCUGGCGGGACAUUGAGCCUGAGCUUCUGGAGUCGGAGCCACCCAGCAAGCCAGAGGAGUUGUCCGAUGAUGACGUCGACCUGAUGCCUGAGAAGGCGCCCCGGGCCUUCGUGCCCAUUGACCUGCAGUGCAUCGAGCGGCGACCCCAGGAGGACCUCGCUGUGCGCUGUGAGGCCGGCGAGGCUGAGCGCCGCCGGACCUUUCUGCCCACCAGAGCCACCCCCCCUGAGCCCUCAGAGUGCAAGUGGGCCGAGGCUGCGGUGAGGCCGCCGGGCCGCUCCUGUGGGGGCUGCAGCAGCUGCGGGGGCCAUGAGGGGCUGAGGGCCGUGGCCUCCGUGGCAGCCGCCCUCGUCCUCUUCCCCUGCCUGCUGUACGGGGCGUACGCCUUCCUGCCCUUUGAUGCCCCUCGGCUGCCCACCAUGAGUUCCCGCCUCGUCUACACGCUGCGCUGCGGGGUCUUCGCCACCUUCCCCAUCGUGCUGGGCCUCCUGGUGUACGGGCUGAGUCUGCUGUGCUUUUCUGCCCUGCGGCCCUUUGGGGAGCCCCGGCGGGAGGUAGAAAUCCACCGGCAGUAUGUGGCCCAGUCGGUCCAGCUCUUCAUCCUCUACUUCUUCAACCUGGCCGUGCUUUCCACCUACCUGCCCCAAGACACCCUCAAACUGCUCCCUCUGCUCACGGGCCUCUUCGCCAUCUCCCGGCUGAUAUACUGGCUGACCUUCGCCGUGGGCCGCUCCUUCCGAGGCUUUGGCUACGGCCUGACGUUCCUGCCCCUGGUGUCCAUGCUGGUGUGGAACCUCUACUACAUGUUCGUGGUGGAGCCCGAACGCAUGUUCACCGCCACGGAGAGCCGCCUGGACUACCCCGACCACGCCCACUCCGACUACAGGCCCCGCCCCUGGGGCUGAGCCGCCCCGCCCCCGCCCCCAGCCUGGAACCUCGGCGGGACCAACCUGCCGCUGCGGGGACAGGGUCCCAUCCUGUCAGGGCUCGGGCUGUCCCCCGCUCCCCCCAGCCGGGGCCGCCCUUCGCCUUUGGAGCCCGGGGUAGUCAUGCGGGAGGGACGCGGGCCGUUUUCUUGCAGGGGAAGGGGUUGGACAGCCUUGUCCCUGAAGGAUGCUGAGGGCACGGGGCCAGGACCCACAAGGAAGCAGGGCUCCGACCACGGCCACUAGGGCCCACCAGUGCCUGGCUCUGCUCCUCUGCAGCCUCCUGUGGGGCAGACCCACAGCCCAAACUCGGACCAUUUCUGUGCGGGUGCUCUAAGCAGAGGGUCUCAAGAAGACUGGCAGUUCUGCUCGUGCCUAGAGAAAGGCCGGCGGCAGAUCAAAUAGGACUUGCAUGCUGGGUAAAAACCUGCUGGGGGUUUGGGUUCAGGACCCACCACGACGGGCCCUCAAGGCCCUUUAGCCUCAGACAAGACUAUUAAAGCUGCCCCUGCCUGGA